UCGAUGUUUUAACUUUGAUUUAAGUGUGUGUCUUUUUAGCGUAAAUAUUAUUUUAUUUUGAAUUAAUAAUUUAAGGAUAUUUAGUGAUAAAAUAUUUCCUGAUGUUUUGUUAAAGAAUGUUGACAGAAUUGACUGAUGUACGUGAUUAGAUCCUGAUUUCAAGAUUCGUCGACAUCGAAACAUGUGCUGUGGACUAUAUGAAAAGACAAUGCAAUAAGUUUUAUGACAGUAAUAUAAAUCGAAUUUAUAGAUCUGAAGCGUGAAGGGUGUUUGUUUUCAAAUGAUCUAAAUGUAUUAUUUAAAAGAACAUUGCGCUGCAGUUUGCAGGCGCCGACUAUGUUUGACUCGACCAAAGGCGCAUUGCUAGUGGCGCCCUCUCUCUCUAACAGCUCGUGUUGGCUGAAUGGUAAAGUUUGGCCUUCAGCGUUGCCCGCGCCCGCGGACAUACUAAAGGCUCUAUUUAUAUUUGCCCUCUCCAUGGGAAUAGUUUUCGCUAACCUUGUUCUUAUCUGUGUUCUGAAUAACCGACGUUACAUUAAAUACAUUGAUAAUCAGCCUAGAUAUUUGUUGACGUCAUUGGCACUAAACGACCUGUUCACUGGAAUACUCAUCGCUCCAGUGGCACUCCUACCCGCGUUAUACAAGUGCUGGCCAUACGGAGAAAUAUUUUGCCAAAUACAGGCACUAUUACGUGGUGCUGUGAGUCAACAGAGUGCGGUUAUUUUAGUGUGUAUGGCCAUUGACAGGUAUUUGUAUUUGCUCCAUCCAAAUACCUAUCAAAAGCAUUCGAGUAAAAAGGGUUGCGUAUUAGUUAUAAGCGUGACUUGGAUUUUGUCAGUAUCAUUAUUCGCGAUCAUGGUUCUCCCCAGAUCUGGGUAUUACUUCAACUCUACGGGCCUAAUGGCUUGUGAUGUGUUUCACAGCAGAGUGGCUUUUAGAAUAUUAUCCUGUUGUGCUUAUUACUUCCCAACAACAAUGGCUCUGAUGUACUGUUAUGGUUCGGGAUUCCACGUCAGUAAAUCGAGGACAAAAUGUGAUCAAGAACCAACAAGACCCAAUGGUGUACCUGUAACAUGUUCCAAAACAAGUCACGGAGAACUAGAAACAGUUCAAAUUCAGGCACCAAUUCGACCUCAUAGUCUAAGUACGUCUCGUACGAUGGCAGCCAUGUCUUUGGGUUUCAUUGUUAUGGUAACACCAGCUACAAUAAAAGAAGUCGUAGCAGCAUGUACAGGAUGUAGAGUACCACCAUCGCUUGACUUCAUUGUGACGUGGUUGGCAUUAAGCAAUAGUUUCUGGAAUCCAUUCCUUUAUUGGCUUCUAAAUGGUCACUUUCGAAGAAUCAGCAAUGAUUUAGUCCAGUAUUACGUUUGUUGCCGCAGAAAGAAGAGUUAUGCAUUCUAUCAGAAAAGUACAGGAUGUUGCGGUUCGCCAAUUACUUCUGAAGGCAUUCAUUCGAAAGGUGAAUUUGAAGGCCUCGGAGAGAAAUAUUGGGGAGAAAUUUUAGAACGUACUGUUUCAUCUACUUCUUUACAUGCUAUCCAAAAAGCUUGUCAUAGAGACGUUCUUCGGUGUACUGGAUCAUUUAAAGGCUGCCCAAGUAAUAGCUGUAAACAUGAUCCUAGAUACUACGAUGGAUAUGGACCUACAGAAUACAGACAAUUUGACCAUUCAGCAUUUCAAAUAGAGUCAUGUUCUCGUCAGUGUAGGCUGAAAAAUUCAGACUUUUGUCUAUUUCGACCAAAUCCAGAAUUUGAAUGCGAUCGAUCACGAUCAAAUUUGAGCUUAGAUGAGGGAAAUUUGGGAAAAACGUGUAAUGGCAGACAUUCUGAAUUGUGAGAAAUACCUAACUGUCCGGUUUUCGGGCACAGAAGCAAUAGUGUAGGUAUGUAUCCGGGAGUGGAGCAUUUUAAUUCAAGUGUCAAAUGGAAGUUUAAUGAUUCAUCGUGCAUAGAAAAUGAUAAUGUACAUAAUUUGGAACAUAACCUUGAUAGGAUACGUAGUCUGAGUCAUGAGCGAAAUUUUAUUCAAUAUGGUGGCAAAGAUCACUUAUUGGAGGUGGAAGUGAAUAAUGUGGUUGAAGAUGAUUCAGAUGAAACCAAAGACUGUAUGAGUGGUUGUCGCGAAAGUUUUGAUGAAAAAGGUGAACAUUGUAGUGUACCGAAAUUUUCACGACACUCUUCUCUCUCAAACAGAGAAUUAGACGUUAUUAAAGAAAGUUCAAGAAGCUCCAGUGAUACGGAAGUGACGUUGACGCGAUGACUUCCGAAGGUGACUUUUCAUAAGAAAGUGGAUGUUGUUCACAUGGAACAUUUUUAGUAAAAUAAAGGGAGAGAUAGUGAUUACGAUUAUGUAGAAAAUUGAUGUGUUUCUCUGUUAAGAAUUGUAAUUUUUUAAAAUAUACGUGGACCAUAUUUUUUUUGUU